UGUGCACUUGUGCGGCUCGUCUCGUGAGUCGGGGUACGGUAGUUCAGGCAAGUUCAGGUAGUUUUUGUAUAUCCGUUGUUGACGAAGUUACGUUGGGAUCUAGAAAUGACAGGGUUUACAGAAAGUGCACUUGUGAAAAGAUUAAUGGACUUAAAUCCCUCCCAACAAAGUAUUCAAACUCUUUCUCUUUGGUUGAUUCAUCACAGAAAACAUCAUCCGACCAUCGUGAAAGUCUGGUUCAAAGAGAUGUGUAAAGUGAAGGAUAAUCGCAAGUUAAUGUUCAUGUAUCUGGCAAAUGAUGUUAUUCAAAACAGUAAAAAAAAAGGACCAGAAUUUGGGAAAGAAUUUGAGACUGUUUUACCAAAAGCUUUUGAACAUAUGAAAAGCUUUGAUGAAAAGACUAGGGAAAGGUUAAACAGAUUGCUUCAAAUUUGGGAAGAAAGAGGAGUUUAUGAUAAGGCACAAAUAGCAGAAUUUAAAGCUUCAUUCGUAGAUACAGCAAAAGAUCCAGGAACACCACCACCAAAAAAGAAGCUUAAAAAUGACAUAGAGAAAGUGAAGAAAGACAAAAAGGAGAGAAAGAAAUCAGAGACUGAAGUUGAAGUAGAUGGAACCAAAGAGCUGCACGUUACAUUAAGUCCACGUACUCCUGCUGGAGAUCCACCGGAAACGGAGGAACUCAUCAAGGCCUUAAUGGAUUUGGAAAACACAGCAUCUUCAGAUGCAGGUGUUAGAGAACGCAUUGCAUCUUUGCCACCAGAAGUUUCUGAAGUAUCGCUUCUUGCAAAUUUAGCUGACAGAGCAGCUGCAGAUCAAUUAAGUGUUGCUGUAAACGAAGCUGCAGCAUUAUUAGCAGAUUACAAUGGACGUUUGCAAGCAGAAAUGGAAGAUAGAAGGAGAUUACUGACUAUGCUUAGAGAUUAUACUUUAGCACAAAGACAAUUACUUCAACAAGCACAAACAACUUUAGAAGAUUAUAAAGAAAAACUGAAGAAGGUAUGUGCAGUUCGAACAGAAGUGAAGUCACACAUCUCUAAUCUUCCUGACUUGACACAAUUACCUGAUGUUACGGGUGGUUUGGCACCUCUUCCUUCCGCUGGUGAUUUAUUUUCUAUGCACUAGCACGUGAGUUUGAAGUGCACGAUCAUUAAAUUAUCAUUAUGUUCCAUGCAUAGACAAAUACAACCAUGCUAUGUUAGCUUGGUUUUUGUGAUGAAAUUUAUCUUAUAUAAUGACUUUCUACCUUUCAAUAUUUAAUAUAUUAAAUAUUGAUAACACUUCUCGUAUCUAAUUACACAGCAUGAAACAGAGAAGUACUGAUAAAUAAACAUAUUGUGAAAUCAAUUCACAGAAUAGGUACUGUACUAAUAGAAAUGAAUAAAUGA